AAGUAUAUUAACGUAAAGCGUCUCGUUCGAAGAAGAAGAGCGUGAUUUGUUUAUGGGGCAUAUUAGCUGUUUGCUAACUAACGCUUUAUAAUAAUAAUAAUAAUAAUAAUUUGUAAACGAUUCGUCAUUAAAGCCUUUAUAUCGGUAUCGUUUAGACAGAAUGAUGAAACAGCAGAACGUGUCGUUUAUGCAGGUAAAAUUUGAACAGAUAGCCGGAUAGCUAGCGCGCUAAGUUAGCAUACGCGUUAGCAUUAGCGUUAGCUAGCGCGCUAAGUUAGCGUUAGCAUCGCCGGCUAAUUAAGAGCGGUUUAAUAAGUAAAGCGCGGAUUAGUGAGUGAGCUGCGAUUAUAUGAACCAGCUGGAACAUGUCUUUAGUGGCGUACGACAGCAGCGACGACAGUGAGCGCGACGACACGGUCCCAGUGUCCCGCAGCUCGGCUAAACACGGCGGCUUGUUCGCCUCCCUGCCCGCUCCCAAGCGUUCAGAGCCCGCGGUGGGAAACCUGAAGUCCGGCCCGGAGCCCCGAGGAAGGAAGCGCGCAGAGCCGGUCAGGAUCACUGCUCCAGAGAUCCAAGAGGAUAGUUCAGAUGAAGAAGAGGAACCUGUGAGAAAGAAAGUAGGAGCUCAGGGUGGUGGUCUGUCAUCUCUUCUUCCCCAACCCAAACACCUGAGUGUGAAGGAGAUGAAGCGCCCCCUGGUGCCACACACUCUUACCAAACGCCCCACUCCCGCUGGUCACACCAAAGGGACCAAGUCUGGGUCUCAGGGCGUGUCCGGGACGAGUCCGUCCCCGUCGGCCAUUAAAGCGGCGGCCAAGUCGGCAUCGCUGCAGUUCGCUCGUCAGAUCGCCGCAGACGAGGAGGGCAGUGACGACGAGCUCGCACCCGAGAAUUACUUCUCCCUGUCAGAAAGGUCUUCCGAGCCGCCGGCCGAGGUGCCGUAUCCCGAUCCUCAGCCCUACGCUCCCUCACUGCAGCCUCCUCCCAGCGUAGAAGACGCUCCGCUGGACUUCGGCUCAGGCGCAGAGUCCCAGUCCAAGCCAGCGUGGGGCGCUCACGAGUACCACACCGCCGAGCUCCAACCACAUGAUCUCACACCCGGCGCUCAGGAGUUUUAUACUCAGGGUUACUUUCAGGAGCAGAACUCGAGUUUUGAGCAGGAGGAAGGAGAAUCAUCUACUCUGUUCAACGAUGAAGCAUUCCGCAGGCUGCAGGGGAAACAGAACCGAGGGAAAGAAGAGAUCAAGUUCUUGGAAAUUAAAGGUGACGAUCAGCUCAGUGGCCAUCAGCAGUGGUUGAUGAAGAACAUGACGACAGAGAUGGAGCCACGCAAAUCCUUCAGUAAGAAAAAAGGAGACCAGCCGACGGGGCAACAGAGACGCAAACACCAGAUCACGUAUCUGAUACAUCAAGCUAAAGAGAGAGAGAUGGAGCUGAAGAACAGCUGGUCUGACAAUAAACUCACUCGCAGACAGACUCAGGCCAAAUACGGCUUCUAGAGAUCUGAAAAACCUCUCUGUGUGUGUGUGUGUGUGUGUGUGUGUACGUACAUGUUGGUCUGAGAAUUGUUUCAGCACUGAUUGAAACUCCAUCCAUAAUAUCACUUCAUGUACAUUGACCUGAAACAUCCAGUGUGUGUGUGUGUGUGUGUGUGUGUGUGAGUGUAUAUGUGCGUGCGUGUGUGUGUGCGCGCGCAUGUGUGUGUAUGUGUGUACGUGUGUAUGCCUAAAGGCUUAAAUGUCCCAGAACACAAACGUUUGUUCUGUCAUCGUGACCUGUGAACUCUAAAGGCCAACUCCUGGACUCCGUGCUGCUCUGAGGCUAACGAGGCUAACGUAGCUAACACACGAUUGAAGCGUACGGCUGCCGGUUUAGCAUGUCGUCAUUCUCCACAAAUAAUGUAAAUAUUCUGCCGUUCCGAUUCAGACUACGCCCCCUGCUGGUGGUGUGUGUAGUGAACCUCGCUACACUGGUGGCUUUACACUUCCUGUGUCAGCUACGUCCGUUUGUGUGGAAGCUCUGAGGGAAACUUGUGCAGGUUUAGUUUAGACACAAGUCCAAAUUCAUCAGCAGCUUCUGUUUGAGCUACAAGGCAACAAAUCUGUGAACUGUGUGUGUGUGUGUGUGUGUGUGUGUGGCGCAGUAAAUAUGUAAUACUCUGUAUAGCAACUUUUUUUUUAAUGUGAAGUAAAAUAUAAUAGAGAAAGUGUGAAGGAAAGGAAUGUUUUUCCCCAUAAAAGGACUUCCUGUUCUCUGUAUAAUGUGUCACUCUCAAACAGGUGUGUGUGUGUGUGUGUGAGAGAGAGAUCAGAGUUACUGAUAGAUAAAACCUGACCAAACAGAAUCUGAUGUAAAUAAACUUCAUUUAGUUCUGAAAGAUCAGA